AUGUUGCUCAUCAGAGUCUUUCUGGGAGCUAUCUUGUGUCACUUAGCAUGGGCCCGUUCUUCGCUUUCAAAAGACCAACUCUGCCUUAACUCUAUAUACCGAGGCUUGCGUGCUGUCUCGUUUGCGGAUGUGACAUCUGAGGACCGCUGGCAAGCAACAUGUCAGAGUCGUCUCAGAGCAGCGUCGAUAUACGCAACUGCAAAACUAUAUUGCACUCCGGCUGAGAUUAAAGCGGGUGACAAGGUCCUACAAGAAUAUUGUGUUACUUAUGGCAAUGUGGAAUUUCUUCCGAUGUCGGCAGUUGCCGCCAACCUCACAGACGAGCGUAUCAAAACAUACAAAACAGUUAAUCAGAAAGAUAUUAAACUCAUCAAAAAGAGCAAGGAGCCAGUUGUUAUGUCAAAGCCCUAUUAUGACCUUGCUUAUCGGACAAUUUACGAAAGCAACCGCCAAAGCACACUUCAUCAUACUUACGGUUUUGCGAUGUAUGGGUUUUGGGGUGGUAUCGUAUUCUUUGGCAUAGUAUACCGGCUUUAUAUUGUUUUUUUCAACAUAAAACGCAGUCGAUUUGGUGUUGAUGAAGAAGGAAAUGGGAGCAAUAAACAUUCGCUGCUCCCCCGCCCUUUAGCUAAAAUUUCCCACUGGUUCCAAACGACGUUGGUCAUCCCCGGUGCGAUUAAGCCAUACCACCAGAGGCCUUUUUAUUGGUGUGCGAUACCUACCAGACUAGAAGGACUGGUUAUUGGCGGAUUUUGGUUAAUCAGUUUUGUCCUAUGUGCUGUCAACUACCGAGUAUUUGAGGGAAAUAUUUAUUGGGCUACAGUAGGCCCGCAGUAUGCGGCGUAUAUUGCUGACCGGACUGGAAUUAUUACUUACUACAAUCUUCCCAUUGUCUGGAUUUUUGGUAUCCGCAACAACAUCUUUUUGUGGGCAACUGGCUGGAGUUUUCGAACCUUUAACCUGUUCCAUCGGCAUGUCGCAAGGAUCGCGACAUUGGAAGGCAUUGUUCACUCCAUUGCAUAUACCGUGUAUUAUUUUAUAAGAGGAGGAGCUGCCACCUACAAGGAAAACUUUACAGAAGUAUGGUUUGCUAUGGGCGCUGUGGCAACCGUCGUCAUGAGUUUUCUGCUAAUUUUCUCGAGCAUCUGGCUCAGAAUGAAAUCUUACGAGGUAUUUUUGCUAUUACAUAUUGCCCUAUCAAUUGUCACAAUUGUAGCAUUGUUUCACCACACUUGGGUUUUCAAGACCCGCGAAUACGACGCCUACCUUUGGCCCCUGGUAGCCAUUUGGGUGUUUGACAGAACCCUCCGUAUUAUUCGUCUGGUAUACUGCAAUCUUCGUGUCCGUCUCGGCUCAAAAUUCCUCCAGAAUACGGAAACGGUCGCCAUAUACGACAAGGACUCCGAUGUCAUUCGGCUUGAGGUUACUCCAGCUUCUACUAGUCUUAAGUUAAGACCUGGUCAGCACUACUAUCUAUAUCAACCAUUUAGGUGGACAGGAUAUGAAAACCACCCUUUUACUUUGGGAGCGUGGGCGAACAUUGACAGCCAGCCAUCUCAAUCGACCACUCCUGGCACUGCAAUUAGUAGCAGCGAUGCAUCUCCCGUGGCUAGUUUGAAGGGAUUGGAUACCAGUAUGCAACGUGCAAGCCCUCGCUCUGAGGUAUCCACGAAGCGCACCACGCAGGCCAUUUUUUGGAUUAGGCCCUUGGAUGGCUGGACUAAUCAUCUUCGCAAGCAAUGUGAAAAGGCUAAAGAUGGAAGGUUUACAACCACCUUACUCAUGGAAGGGCCUUACGGGGAGUGUGAGCCAUUAUCGACGUUUGAGUAUGUGCUCUUGAUUGUUGGAGGAACCGGCGUUGCCUCUGCUGUGCCAUAUAUCCAAGACCAUAUUGAGCGCACUUCGGCACAAAACGAAGCUUCGAGCAAGAAAAACACGCGCACGCGUGAUAUGAAGCUGGUAUGGGCUGCUAGAGAACCGGCAUUUAUGCAACAAGUUGCGUCGAGAGAGUUACACCCAGCGCUUGUCCGUAAUGACUUCAGUGCCACCUUCUACUCGACGUCAAAGAGUACCCUGCCGUCACAGACCAUCAACUCCGAAAAAGUCCUCGAAGAUGAUAUCAAGCCACAGGAGAAAGACUGCACGACUCUCAAUCUCCAGUACGGACGUCCGGAUAUCAAGUCGAUGAUACUAAACAGUGCUGCUGAAACAGCUGCGUCGAAUUCUAGCAUGGCUGUUCUAGUCUGCGGACCGCCAGGUCUAGCAGACGAGGCGAGAGAUGCCGUGCAUGCUGCUAUGCGCCAGGGCCAUCAGCAUGUCAAAUAUUUCGAAGAAGCCUUUGGGUGGUAA